AUGGCGCAGUGGUCCACAGAGGAAGCCUCAGCAGACCCCCGCGAGACAUCAUUGAAGCCUGAGUUCGGGCGUCCACAGCCUCCGAGUUAUUUUGGUAAUGAGCUAUCAGCGCUCCGGAGAGGCCCUAAUGGUAGCAUGUUCAAGCGGCAAGCCCCCGAGACCCUCGCAGCAGUCCAAUACUAUCUGCAGAGAGUACACGCACUCACCCUCAUCAUCUGGGUCGUGGUCCUAACGCUAGAUUACGCCAAGAAAGGGGACACGCGGACUCUGCUCAUCGGAGCAGGCCAAUAUGCACUGCAAAUCCUAAUCUAUAACUACGUGUACAAGGACACGCCACUUCUCGGCUCGCGUCGCCAUCUGGGGCUGCAGAGUCUCUCAGCAUUAGAGAGGGGUGAGGCGGAGCCGUCGCUAUCGGCUAAGGGUGAUGAGGAGAAAUAG